CAUCUCCAUCAUCUAUUUCACCACUUUAACAUCAUGUUUAACGUUAGUUUUCUAUAAAAGAAAAAAGAAAAAUAAGGAAGGAAAGAAAGAAAGAAAGAAAGAAAGAAAGAAAGAAAGAAAGAAAGAAAGAAAGAAAGAAAGAAAAACUCAAUAUUCAGUUUUGUUUGUUCAGUUAUUCUCACUAUUAAUAACGCUGGUCCUCAUUAGAAACUAUGAGAAACUGGAUUUUUCUUUUCUUUAAAAAAAAAAAAAGUCAUCUAUUUCCUAAAAAUGUUCUUUCUGCGGAAAAACAGCCAGAUUUAAGUGACGUGCAAGAGGUAGAGAUGAGUUAUUUGGGGGAAGUAGUCUUGUUAAGGAUUCACGUAUGUGGUUCCUAUAAAAGCUCUGUAGCUGUUGACCAGUGUUUGAUCAAGACUCGCCUUUUUUCCUUCCAGAGAAAUAUAUUUCACUUUUUGUUGCUAAAGGAAGACAAACCUUUUCUAUUUUUUGGGGUUUAACAAGUAAGAUAUUUUCAAACACAAACCAAGAUAAUUACUCAGCACCAGCAAAGCCUCUGGCAGUGGAAAACACAUUCAGUUAGUUAGUCUGAAAUAAAUAAUACAAAGAUGAACAGUGUGGCAGACUGGCUCGUGCAGAACAGGGACAAGAUCGAGAAAGGUGUGGAGAUCAUGGGGCAAGCCUCCGAGGUGCUCGCUGCCACCGUGGGCCAGCUUCACCCUGUCUUGGAGGCUGUGUUCAUGGCUUCAGCCGAGAUACUCAGCAACCCGGACAGCAAAGAGGCUCGCUACCUGACUCAGCAGUUCGAACUGGUCAACCAGAAACUCGAAGGAAUCCAAGAUGAGAUUGAUCAAAUUGCCCGGGAGCUGCAGAGGACGUCGAUGAACAAGCAGAACUUCGAUCGAGAGGCACAGAUGCUGAGCCAGUACGAAAAGUUCCAGGACUUUGUCAACGCCAAGCCAAAGUUCAAAGAGAAGAAGAUGGAGAAGUUCAUUAGCCAUUACGAGAACACCGAUGCCGACUUGAACUUGGACGCACUCUACAAUGCUGUCACCGGGGAGAGCACCUCAGGAGACCCGAUGCUGGAAACGGUAUUGGCCACAGAGCAGAGAAGCAGAAGGGCAGUUGAGGAUUUCUGCGCCCGGCUGAAGAAGCUUUUUGUGGUGGGCAUUAUCGCCGUCAUGGGCCAUUCCGCCCUCAAGGAAGGAGCGGUGGGGGAGGAGAUGGUGAAGAAGUGGCAGGGCCGGAUGGAGGAUGUAGAGAAUCGAAUGAAAGCAGCUGUGGAUGACUGUACCGAGAACUUUGCCGUUCAAGCCAAGUUAGACAUGGAGCACCUGCUUCAGGAGAAUCCCGGCACUGUCGACCGCGAGUUCACCAAAUCCCUUCUGGAAUCGCUCGUUAAGAAAUACGACUGGGUGAACUGGUCCAUCAGGGCCUUCGGCAACAGGGAGCGCAUUUUCUUUUUCAACUGGCUGGCAGGAAAGAAGUGCCACGGAAGUGGAGGAGCCAAUUGGUUUGACAUUUUGACCAAGAGCAAGAUCAAAGUGGUGGUCUCUUUCUGUGUCGACCCCAAGCCCAUUAACAAGAGUCAGAUCCAGGAGCAGAUUGAGAGUCAGAAGAUGAAGGGGGACAUGAUGGCAGUCGCUCUGGCUUUGAAUAAGAGCUUCCCCAACUGCCUGGUCCAUGCUGUCAGCCAUUACAAGGAGGUGGUGGAGACCAACAACUUCCAUGAGGAUUGUUACUACUAUGGAAAACACAAAAGAGCCUACCUGUGCAUCCACUCCGAGUAGGCUCGCAGAAAUAGUGCAGCCGCAUGCAUCCGCAAGAAAUGAGCUACACAUAAAUUGAUGAAUGUCUUUACCAGAGACUUGCGAAAUUGUUUUUCAUUAAAUAUAGAAAAGUAUUCAUAAAUAGUGUCUGUAUCAAUGCAUAAUCUGCUCUUUAGGAGAUCUGGUAUGUGAUUUAUUGUCUUAAUUGUAACGAUUUUUUAUUCGUUUACAUAUAUAGCUUUCAUCUCUUGAUGAUACAGCAGCUUCAGGGUGUUUUUUCAGAGUCGUUCAUCUCCAUGCCAGCUUCGACUUAAUGUUAUGAAAUUUAUAAUGAUUCUGUCCUCAUUGGAUUAUUAUAAGGGUUGGGCAAUAUGAGGAUUUUAGUCUGUUAUAGCAGCCAGAGACUUUACCAUACCAAGGCACCCUUCCCCUUUAAUCCCUUUAACAUCUCAGACCAUUGUGGGCAGUGCUCAACAUUUAAAGGAACAUUUCGACAUUUUGGGAAAAAGCGAUCACUCACUCGCUUUCUUGCCAAGAGUAAGAUAAGAAAAUCGAUACCACUCUCGGCUCUAUCUGUAAAGUUUGAGGCUACAGCCAGGAGAGAAUUAGCUUAACUUAAGCAUAACUUGAAACAGGAAGUGUAAAAACAUCAAUUUGCAGGUUAUGUGCCGGACCGAUCAUGGAUCUCAACAGUAAAACCGCAAAGUACACUUAGCUUUAUAUGGCAAACAGGAUAUAACUUUUAGUUUAGUAGGAUUUUAUCACCUUUGGACAGAGCCAGGCUAGCUGCUUUCUGACUUUAUGCUAAGCUAAGUACACCGUCACCUGGCUGGAGCUUCAUGUUUAGCAUACAGACAUGAUAGUGGUAUCAUUCUUCUCAUAACUCUGUGAUAUGGUCAAAAGCCCCCGCAUUUAUAUCACAAAGAAAUAAAUGAGAUAUACUGUGGUGGCGGAUCAUAUCAAUAUAUAUUCAUAUUUUUUGCUGCUUUUGGUGCAAUAUAUUGCUACAGGGCAAACGUCCAAAAAUCCUUAUUCCACAAUCAAUUCAUCACGAUACUUAUGUAUAUUUUACUUUAUUUUGUAAUAAACAAAAAAAUAUGA